GCUUCACGUUUGUCGUAACCAGUAACAAACAUCUUCAAAUUUUGUCUGAUAUUACAGAUUUUUCUCUCCAUUUCCCUGUCCACCUCUUUCCCCAAUCUUCUUGGAAACUUGAAGCCUCUCCAGAAUCCAGAUAUCCUUUUCUACUAUCUUAGUUUCACUCUUUCACUCUUACACUCUUCAGGGAGAGAAUGCAAAAACCGCCGGCGAGCAGAGGAAAACUUUGCCGGUAUGCCGGUUCCUGAGAAGAUAACUGUGGAAAAUUUUCUGAAAUAGGGGGGAGGGGGAGAUUACGUGGCAGUUAGUGAACGGGCGGUGACGAUUUUAUUUGUCACACAGAUUCGCACUUCUCAUGAUAUGGGAAGAGGAGCAAAAAGCAUGAUUCGAAAGGUCAGAUGAUGAUGAUGACGAGGACGCUAACAUAACGGAAAUACGAGAAAAAAAGAUCUCUCUCUCUCUCUCUCUCUCUCUCUCUCUCUCUAGGCUUUGUCUUAUUUAUGGCUUCAGCUUCUGCGCCUUUCAUCCAAGCUCCGUACGAUUGUUUACCGAGGAGGCCGAGGUUCAAGCUUAGGAAAGGUAGACAUGGGGGUUCCUCUUCUCAUUAUUCUUCUUCUUCCUCGUCGUCUUCUUCUUCGACUUCUUCUUCGUCCUUUGAUCAUCUACGAGGUUUCUCUUCCAAUUUCUGCAACUCUCCUGGCUUGAGGAUUUCCUCAGAACAUCCCAGCUUUAGAUUUCAAGCUAUGAGUACCACUCAGGGAAAUGUUACGGCACCCAAGGGAAUUUCAAAGCUAAAAGAUGAACCAGAUCAUCUUCUUGUUCUUGUUCAUGGCAUCUUAGCUAGUCCUAGUGAUUGGACAUAUGUAGAAGCAGAGUUGAAAAAGAGCCUGGGAAACAAAUUCUUAAUCCAUGCAAGUUCAUCUAAUACCUACAGUAAAACCUUUAGGGGAAUUGAUGGAGCUGGAAAACGGUUAGCGGAUGAAGUUAUGCAAGUUGUCCAAAAGACAGAAAGCCUGAAAAGAAUCUCCUUUUUAGCCCAUUCUCUUGGUGGCUUGUUUGCAAGAUAUGCAAUUUCUGUUCUUUAUUCAUCAAACCUCUCAGUUAGUGAUCAGCCUGGUCUUGCUGAUUCUAGAAAUGAAAAUCCAGAAAAUUCAGCUUGCUCUUCAAAACAAGGAACAGUUGCUGGAUUGGAGCCAAUAAAUUUCAUUACCUUGGCAACUCCACAUCUAGGGGUGAAAGGGAGAAAGCAGCUUCCAUUUCUCUUGGGAGUCCCCAUCUUGGAGAAACUCGCUCCAUCCAUAGCCAACUUUUUUGUUGGCAGAACAGGUUGUCAGCUGUUCCUUACAGAUGGUAAACCCAGUAGACCACCUCUUCUUCUACGAAUGACAUCUGAUUGCGGGGAUGGAAAAUUUAUAUCUGCUCUUGCUGCAUUCAGAUGUCGUAUUGUUUAUGCCAACGUCUCUUAUGACCAUAUGGUUGGUUGGCGCACAUCCUCCAUCAGAAGGGAGCCAGAACUUGUUAAGGUGAUUCAUCCCCCUCAACGCUCAUUGGAUGGUUACAAGCAUGUUGUGGAUGUGGAAUAUUGUCUGCCUGUAUUGUCUGAUGGUCCCCAUUUUCCACGGAAAGCAGAAAAAGCAAAGGAGGCAACACAAAGUGAACCCAACAUUCAAAACACAGGAGAGUACUAUGAUAUUAUUGAAGAGGAAAUGAUACGUGGACUACAAAGAAUAGGGUGGAAGAAAGUUGAUGUCAGCUUUCAUUCGGCAUUUUGGCCCUUCUUUGCCCAUAACAAUAUCCAUGUGAAAAAUGAAUGGCUUCAUAAUGCUGGUGCUGGAGUGGUAGCUCAUGUUGCUGACAGCUUAAAGCAACAAGAAUCUUCUACAUUUAUCACCGCUAGGUUAUAGCAAUGAAGUUGAUUUUGAUGCAUUUCAGGCUUUCACUUGUAUGUAAUAUAAAUACUUUUUAUAAUUUGUUUGGUCUCUAAAUUUCUUCUUUCCAGAUAUUGUUUUGCUGCCCAAAGGUUCAUUACCAAAUAACAAUAUUUGUCCCUUGGAAAGCUGAGAUUCACAGAUGACACAGUGGCAGUA